AUGGUGUUCUUCACGGUUUUCGCGACCAUCGACUCCAUGACAUUGCUCUUUGCAAUGACCGGCCUACUGGGAUCAUGUGCAUACUCCUUAAAGGCCAUUGCAGACUUGGAAUAUGAUCUCAUUAAUUCCGUGGACUUCUUCAAGGUCUACAAUCAAGCGCAUAGAAUCGAGUUAGCCUUCCUCGUGCUGAACGCACUUUCAGUGCUGCCAUUCGUGGCCAACUGGUGGUUAGCACCUAUUCAGCUCGUCUGGACGGCGGUCAAAGUCUUGCGAGGUGUGUCCGGAGGACAUCAGAUAGACGAGAAGGACGUCUUCAAACCAGAGGUCUACGGCAAGCAGAGACGGUGGCAGAUGGCAGGUUUCUUCAUCUACUUGGUCUCGAUUUUCAUCUACUUCGCCCGCGCGAUGUGCGCUGUGAUGGACAUCCAUGUCCAUGGCAUCUCACCCUACGACUGA